AUGAAAUUUUCUCUUUCAGGUGGAAAUAAGGAUAACAUCAGAGCAGGAUGCAAGAAGUGUGGCUACCCUGGUCAUCUGACAUUUGAAUGUCGAAACUUCCUCCGGGUAGAUCCGCAAAGAGAUAUUGUUUUAGAUGUUAGCAGCACCAGCAGUGAAGACAGUGAGGAAGAAGAACUACAGAGAUUGCAAGCCAUGCGUGAAAAAAAGAAUUUAAAUGAAGAAGAAGAAAAAAAGAAACAAAAACGAAAAAGCAAAGAAAAAACAAAGUUAAAAAGACCAAGGAAAAGAUCUUCCUCAUCAAGUGCAGCUGAAGAGGAUGGGCCAAAGUCAAAAAAACAAAAAUCACGCAAAAAAGAAAGGGAAAAGGAAAAAAAGAAUAAAUCUAAGAAAGGAAAACAUCAUAAAAAGGAAAAAAAGAAGAGGCGAAAGGAAAAAAGUUCAUCUUCUGAUAGUUCAGACAGUUCUAGUAGUGACUGAGGUGCUGGCCUACUUUUGUGUUCACUUCUGCAGAGAUGAUUUUCCUUUCAAAUCAAAAUUAUUUAUGCUUUGCAAUACUGUUGUUUUAAAAUUAUAUAUUUUUAAGAAAUCUGUUUGCAAA